AGGGCAGACAAAUUUGCAUCUGGCUGACUUCUCCUUGUAUUAAUAGUCCUAGGAAGCAGGUUCCCAUGGUGGCAGAUGGGGACCAGGACUUCAGCAUGAGGGGGACCAUGGACUAGUUAGAGAGGAGACUGUGAGAGACUCUCACUCUGCUUGCUGAAAUUUCUCUAUCCUGGAGCUAUGGGCUGACCAAGGAAAAGCGAGGCCAUCAGGAGUAUCUCCCCCAUGAGGCAGUGUGGAAGGGCACAAACAGGGGCAUCAGGAUGGCAGAGAGGAGCAGUUGUGGCCAAGUGCUUGUGGAUCCAUGCCCCAUGGAACCCAGGGCAGGGCUGAGCUGUGCCACAGGGUCGGAGGGACUAAGUAAGGAUGAAGGAUGCACCUCUAACUGCUGCUUUUCUUUUAUAACAGAUGGGGAAGAAGGUGGUAGGAAAAAGCCAAACCCAACACAACUGGUGGAUCAAGGAAAGACUCUCCCUUCAUGUCCUUUCCUUUGCGCAGAAUGGGAUAGUUACACUGCAAAGGCAGAAAAAAUGCUACACCCUGUCCACUCAAUCUGACCCAGAGCAAUCCCUGCUCCAACAAGGACUGGUCCUCUCCUUCCAUGGAUACAGGAAAGGUGAUGCAUAGCAUAGGACCUUCCUUUGUGCUCAUCUCCUCACCUGUCUGAGAUCACACAGACCCUUCUUUUUCCUAUUUUCUCCAGGGUCCAGAUAGGCAUUUGGAAAUAUAUCUGUAAAUGAUUGAAAAUGAAAGUUCUGGCUGAGUAUGUGCCAGCAGCUCUGUGGCACGUGUAUGCUGCAGAGUUAUUACCUAUGUGACACACAUAGCUAAUAAAAAUUAUCAUUAAAUUAACCCCAGCACUUUCCCAUAGCUAAUGACACUUCUGGCUGAUGCAGAAUCUCUUCAAACAGCUGGAGGUUGCUGUGUUCCCUGUAGAUUGUUUCUCCACGCCCAAGAGAAAGAAUCCUUCUCCAAAUAUCUCCUCAGAAAGCCCAUUGUGCUCAUCCUCUGCUAGAGCCCUGCCCUGGCACCAUCUGUUAAUAUUUGGAGAAGAACCAGAGGUGAGAGCUUGUUGUCGGAGUGCAGGAAGAAGCCUGUCAUUUUAGAAAGGGAGGAACUUAAGGGUGCAGGAUGGGAAAGGGAAGGAUAAAUUGUGCAAGAGGAGUGAGAAAACAUCUGUGACUGUGUGAGUCGGUGCUGGAUUUGCAGGCAGAGGAAGAAAGCUUUGCUAACGAGGUCUGAAGCGUAGUUUCUAUCUGGCUCAGGCUCCAGCAGCUGAACGUAUUUCCCCCGGAGCCAGGAGCAGAGGGCACUGUCACUCUCUGAGCAGACUGACCUCAGAGCAGAUGCUGUGAGAGGAAGCUGUCUCAGCAGGCAACAGGCACAAGAACCAUUCAGAGCUUGAAAGGGCAGAAAAGGAAUAUAAGCCCUAUGCGUCGGGGGGAGGAUCAAACACCACAGCAGGUUCUUUCUUGUCACAUCUGAGCUAAACCUGAGCUCACCAUCCAGGCUUCUCUCCACUGACGGGGUGCAGCACUGAACCAUGACAUGACCAGGGUGGGAAGGGAGCUCUGGGGGGUCUCUGGUCCAGCUCCCCACUCUGAGCAGGAUGUCAAUCAGCUGCUCAGCACCCUGUCCCAUCCACAGUCAACUGUCUCACUGGAUGGAGAUUGCCCAUCUCUUGGGUCCCUGUGGUACUGCUUGAUUCCCUUCACAGGGCAAAUAAUUUUCCUAAUAUCUAAUCAGAACUUUCCUCCUUGCCAUUUGCAUUUUGGCCUCUCAUUCCAUCACUCUGCACUUCUGAGUCUAUGCCCUCCUUUGAGGUAGUGAAUAAAACAAGGAGGUCUCCAUUUAGCCUUUCCCCAAAGCCUAAAAACCCAGUUUCUCUCCUAUGUCAAGGUGUCUGAGCUCCUUCAGUCUUUUUGGUGGCCUUCACUGGAUUUGAUCCAGCAUAUUAGCAUCUUUCCUGUAUUUGGGAAUCUGAAACCAGACACAGUUCCAGGCCCAAAGCAGAUACCUACCUGUUCUGUACACCCUUCCUAGCUAGUCUGGGCUCUGUUCUAUCAGAUCAAUAUGCUAAGAGGGCUCAUGGUAAUGUGUAAUUCAUAUGUUGAGACUUCAGGUUUCCUGAAGCUGUAGGACCUGAAAAUCCUCUUUCUCUUUCCAGAGAAAGGCAUGGGAUCAGGAGAAUGCCAGCUUGACUCCUUCCAGCCCAGCAUCCUGCCUCCCAUAUUUGGGCAGCAGCCAGAGCAGAGAGUGUGAGAUCAGGGCACGCACGCACUGAAUAUUCUUAUGUAGCUCAAACGUUUCUUGAACUGAAGGUAAUAUCUUCAUACUGCAUAAACCUCAGGAGAUUUUCUUUCCACAGAUUUGUCCUGUGGAUUUUAUUAAUCCCUGUUGACAUUGAACAGCCACAGCCAUGUGUGGGAGUAGCCUAAAGCCAAGGGGAGGGAGGAAGCGUCUCCCUUUCACUUAUUUUACCUCCUGCUAAUUUGACUUUUUCUCCUUGCCCCUCUCAGCUGUGUAUACCUCAGUCAUGGGCACCUCAGUAGUUUCUUACACCCUGAAGAGUCCCAGUCCACACAGUUACCCUUCAUGCAGCAGCCAGCCUGAACCUUGGCUCGUCCUUGCUGCCCUUCUCUGAGUUCUGUUUGGGUUUUUUCAGGUUUGCUGUUUUCUGUUUGAGAUGGAUUAUUUCUAAGUGACAUUAGCUCACACAGAGCUCACUGCUGCCUGUUGAAAAUGAGUAUUGUGGUUUCCCCAAUGGAUCAUGUUACAUUUGUUUUAUGCAAUUUCAUCUGCUAUUUCACUGCCUGGUGAAGAUGAGGCCUUGUCAGCCCUCUGGGACCACCCUUCUCCAUAUUUCCUAGGACCACAUCCAAAUGUCUUAGGAGGUCCAUCUCCUUUGCAUUUGCCAAGAUCAAAUAUCCUCUCUGGUAUCACAAAUCCUGCAAUUUACAUGCCUGAUAAUGUGAUCACCUGCCACUGUUGUGUCAUCUGUAUAGGUGAUGCACACACUCUGUGUGUCUGUGCAUACCCUGGUGCCAGCCCCUAUCCAAAGUCACAUUCCAAAUCACAGUAUUUGCUGAGGAAAAGGAAUCAGGAAUGUCCUGCACCAACUGAUCCAUCACCUGUCCUCUGCUCGCUGCCACAUCUGCUGCCUCUCCUGCCCCAGGAGGAUCAGCUCUAAUCAUGUUGUAUUUCCUGGAAUGGAGCAAUUUGCCAUAAUUUCCCUGCUCCUGCUGCAAUCACUGCUGUGCAGCCAUAGGCAGGCAGCUAAUCCACUGUGAAUCUGUUCCAUCCAUCAUUCCAGUGCUGGAGGGAUGCAGUGCCACCAGUGACGUGUCUGCAGCACAUGAUGCAACAACUUGACAGGCAAGAGAAAGGUAGAACAAGAAAAUAAAUCCAUUUUCUUACUCAUCAUAUUUUCAUUUGAUAUUAAAUCACUGCUAAUAAUUGUUUGUGACAUGUAUCCACCUUUUACAUCUCUCUUUUGUGCUGUCUUUUUUACAGAGACUGAAUAAAUACCAUCAGACUUUCUCUUGGGCAUUCUGGGGUAAAAAACAGGCUGCCAAGUCAUGUGAGGAUGUGACUGCCAUGCCCACGCUGAAUGGUGCAGCCAGCCAGGGUGGGAGCCUUGUGCCUGCAAGGAAGUGGGGGAUGUUGGAGCUGAUCCUGAGAGAUCACGUAAUAACCUGAGCUGGAAGGGACCCACAAGAACCAUUGAGUCCAACUUCUGGCCCUGCAGAGGACAGCCCAACAAUCCCACACUGUGCCUGAGAGCGUUGUCCAAAAGCUCCUGGAGCUCUGGCAGCCUUGGGGCCAUGACCAUUCCCUGGAGUGUGUUCAGUGCCCGACCAUCCUCUGGGGAAGAGCCUUUAUCCAGCGUAAACAUGACACAACUUCAAUGCUGUACCACCGGGUUCUGUCAGUGUUCACCAGACAGAUACUUGAGGUGUGAGAAAUCCCCCCGUGGUGCGGAGCUUAUUAUAAGGACAAGUUCACUUCUUCCUCAAAAGCUGGACACGAGCUGGCAGCGGUGGCAAGAGGAGGAGGAGGAGGAGGAGGACAAGGAGGCCGGGCAGCCGGCCCGGGGAGGCCGGGCAGUGGCCGCUGCGUCACGAUUGACAGCGGCAUGUGCGGAGGGUCUAUAAACGGCGGCGGUGAGUGACAGGGAGGGCAGCGACGGCCGCGGGGCAGGGCAGCCGCACUCCGGCCAUGAGCUCGACCCGCAGGGCCCUCUCGGGCCUCUACGGGCGGGGAACGAGCCACAUCGACGGGGCAGAGGAGGCCGAGAGCGCGGCCUGGGCCUCGCGGCCGGACCGACGGAGUUACCUGCUGGGCAUCCGGCCCCAGAACAGCUUAUCAAGCAGCAGAUUCUCUCCCUCCAGUUUAGGAAGGAGUACCUUCUGCGCAAUCAUUUCUCAGCUGACGGAGGAAACACAGCCACUAUUUGAAACCACUAUCAAAUCCCGUGCUGUGUCCGAGGACUCUGAUGCUAAAUUCACGUGCAUAGUGACAGGGUAUCCACAGCCAGAGGUGACGUGGUACAAGGAUGAUGAGGAAAUGGAUCGCUAUUGUGGCUUACCCAAGUAUGAGAUAUUCCGUCAUGGAAACCGCCACACCCUGCAGCUCUACAAGUGCCGAGAAGAGGAUGCAGGCAUUUACCAGGCCUCAGCUAGAAAUAACAAAGGCAUUGUGUCCUGCUCUGGUGUGCUGGAAGUGGGAACCAUGACGGAGUUUAAAAUCCAUCAGAAGUGGUUUGACAAAAUCAAGAGAAAGGCUGAAGAAAAGAUGCAAGAAAUAGAACAGGGCAAGAAACGAGGAAAAGAAAAUGUGGAAGUGGAGAAGUUGCAAGGAAUGAGCCCGGAACGGCUCCAGAGGAAGCGGAGGCUGGCUAGAGAUCAGAAUCUCUGGUCAGGAGACUCUUCAUGGGAGAAGGAAGACGCAGCAAAAGUGCACGUUGCAGAUUCACAGUCCAGGUUACACAAGGAUAUUGCCGAGACAAAGGAGCAGCCACUCAGUGCAAUGCCAGACUUCCCAAACAAACUAGUGGCACCUCUGAAAGCAGAGGUGACCACCAAUGGAGACGCCACUUUGGAAAGUGGGGAGAACGGGAACAACUUUCUCACGUACAUCUAUGAGACAGUGGAGGACUUGGCAACCAAGCCAGGGGCAAAAGACUCUGCAGCUAAAAAGAAAAAGAAGGUGGAGGCUCCUUCAGCACCAAGACAGGAAGCUUCUAAGCGAGAAGAAAGUGGGAGAGACAGGGCCAAUCCAUCUGCAAAUCCCAGGUUUGCUCCUCCUGUCCCCUUACGGAGGAAUGCACGUUUACGAGCAGCAAAUGAUCAAGAAGUGGAAACUAGUCCAAAACUCAAAGAGCCUGGGAAAGCUGUGAAACAGGACACUAAACCUAAUGAUGACAUGUACUUCUCUUUAAAGGACAUGUAUUUUGAUAAGCAAGUGAAGCCAGCGGCAGAGAAGGAGGAGAUGGGAGCCAAGGAGGAGGCCGGGAGUGAGACUGCCCUGCAGCCUGUGGCAGCCAGCAGACAGACAGAGGAUGCUUCACUGGCCUCUGAGGUGUUGGAGGCAGGACCUGUGCUGUCCGAGGGUCAGAGAGGCCAGCAACAAGAACAGAAGUUGGAGGGAAACAAAGAGGUUGCAGCAAGAGUUGGACAGUGUCCUGGUGACCUAAAGCAUCCAUUGUCCAGUCCAACCAAAGAGACCAGUCAGCAAGCCAGUAAGUUAGAGGAGGUCAGGAAAGAGAUGCCUGAUUGCCAGGAGACCAGGGGGGCUGUGAAAAGGACAAAUCCUCGGUUUAGGCCUCAGGAGCCACCAAAGCCACCAGCACGUUCUCCAGACCAUGUACAGUCUGGCAAGGAGCACCCACCCCCCAGGAAACAGGCAGAAAGACAUUCCCGUGCUCUUGAGGACAGAGAGACUCAGCAAGGACUGUUAAAUCAAGAGAACAAAAGCCAAGGUAGAGAAGAGUCAUUGCUAAAAAAUUUGACUCCUCCAGAACCUGGAGAAAACACUCCUCUUGAACAAAUCCCAUGUCAGACAGUCAAGGAUGGGAAGAGCAAAGAGGCAAGAGCACAGUUGUCUGGGAGCCAUCCUGGUGUGAGGACAGGAGGGAGUCAUGCAGCAGAGCCAUGUCUUGGGGCUGUGCACAGGGAGGCAGGAGGGACACCUUUGGGCCAUCAGAACACCCAAAAUGAAACAGCAGCUCCUGCUUCAGUUCCUCUUGCCAAGGAAGAGCCGCUUCCUGCUCCUGCAGUGAGACCAUCAGUGGCUCAGGAGGCGCUGCUGGCAUCUAAUAGAAGUCCAGGGAUGGAGGCCACUGCAGGAGAGGUCCCAUCUGGAGCCCAGCUGCUGCCUCCUGCAAGUGGAGAAAUGGAAAUCACAACAAUAGAUGGACUUGCCCCACGAGAGAUGUUUUCAGCCAUCACUUCAGAGAAGGAGAAUGCUAAGCCAGUGCCCAUAGGACCUCAAGGGAAGGAGGGAGGACUCCUGACAGCCACAGCUCCAUGCCAGGAACCAGCAGCAUCUGCUGGGACUUGGGAAGGAGUCUCUGAGGUUCAGCCACAGGUAUCGCUGAUUCUGCCUGGCCUCGAGAGAUCUCAGGAGAUGUCUGUGGAGGAGAAAAUGCAGCACAAAAACCUGGUUUCCUCCUUAAAGAACUACCUGCUGCUACUUCUAAAAAUGUCAGAUAGCAAUAAGGAUGCCACAAAAGAGGACACUGACUCUGGAGACAAGGAGCAGCUGAAUGCAGGGGAAGGCAUGAUCCCAGAGGUAGGCAUUGCUGGCCUUAGCCCUCGCACCUCAAGGAAAGUUUUGGAAAAAGUACAAAACAACCAGCUCUUCCAGACAGCAGAGAAUUUGCCUCUGACCCCCAGGACAUCCAGACGGAUCACAGGAAUGAUUAAUGAGGAAUUUGUUACCAGCAAGGAGAUGCUGGCUUGCAGGCCUGUGCCACCAAAGAGACGCACCUGGGGGGCUCCUGAGGCCAAGGGGCCACCCCCACUCUCAGUACCCUCCAUCGUGGUGGGCAGCAUGCCUCCAGCAGGAGUGGCUCCUCAUCCUUCUGAUUUGCCUCCAGUGAGCUCUGAAGAGAGCCCUGCUGACCCUCUGGCAGCGCUACCUUGUGCCACACCAGAAGAGCUUGCUUUGGGGGCCCGGCGCAAAAUAUACCUGCCAAAACCCAAACAGGUGGGGGUGGAAGAGGUGGCAACCCCAGAGAGCCUGGGGCACACAAGAAGUCCAACUGUUUCACCACGGCAAUCCAGGAAGAAUGCAUCCCUGUUGCAUUCUCCUGCCUCAGCUCCAUCCUCUCCCUCAGAGCAGUGUUCUCCAACCCUCAUGAGGAAGAUGGCCACGUUGGAGGUUCCUAAGCUGUAUGAGGAGCCUGCAGGUGACACCAUUGGUGAUGAAGAGGUCCCUGGAGAUGCUAAGCCAGAAGCACAGCCAGCAGAGUCCCAGAGUACAAAUAACCCAUUUAAAGCUCCACAGGUGGUCCGUAAGAUCAGGGCAGAACAAUUUUCUGAUGCAUCAGGAAACUUGAAACUUUGGUGCCAGUUCUUCAAUAUAUUGAGCGAUUCCAAGCUGACGUGGUACAAGGAUGAGAUCCCUGUAGCUGAAGCCCAAAGGAGUGUUGGCGAUGAGGGCCAGGCAGCUUUGGCUGUUGUGCAGGCAUCCCAGAAGGAUUGCGGAGUCUAUCGGUGUGUGAUCAGCAACGAGUAUGGCACAGACUCCACAGAUUUCCUACUCAGCCCAGAAGUGUUGUCAGGAUUUAUCCUGCGGGAAGAGAUUGAAGUUGGAGAGGAGAUCGAGAUGACACCCAUGGUGUUUGCCAAGGGUUUGGCUGAUGCAGGCUAUUGGGGGGAUAAGCUCUUCGGGCGCGUGGUGAGCGAGGACAUGGAAGUGGGUGCUGGUUUCCUGCGCAAAGCCUGCCGUGCCAGAGCCAUCUACGGCCUGGAGCCUGUCUUCGAGUCCGGCCACACCUGCGUUAUCAAAGUGCACAAUUUCAUCGUCUUUGGGACCAAGAAUGAGAACAGCCUUAUCGAGAAGAACUAUGAUAUCACCAUCCAGGAAUGUAAAGUCCAAAACUCCAGCCGUGAGUACUGUAAGAUCUUUGCUGCUGAGGCACGAGCAGUCCCUGAUUUUGGAGCGGUGCCCGAGAUAAUUCCUCUGUACCUGAUUUAUCGUCCGGCCAACAACAUCCCUUAUGCCACAAUGGAGGAGGACCUUGGCAGGCCUUGUGAGCAGUACUGUGUCACUGAGAGAGAUGGCAGCUUGGUGGCACGAGGCACCUCGGAGAUUGUGCUCAAAUGCUGCACCUUCCAGCAUUGGGUUUAUCAGUGGACAAACGGAAACAUCCUUGUGACUGACAUGGAAGGAGUGGGCUGGAAGUUGACCAACGUACGGAUCGCUACCAAUCUGAAAGGGUACCAGGGGCUGAAGGAGAGCUGCUUCCCCUCCCUGCUGGAGCAGUUCCCAGCUGCUCACAGGUGCAAUCACUACUGCAGUAUCCUGGGCCUGAAGAUGCUGGAGCCAGCCAAGCCCAAGGGCUCCAAGAGUCCCUGCCUGGGCAGGAAGUCUGCCCAGUCCAGCCCCCAGCUCCAGAAGAAGGUGCUGACAAGUCCUCAGGGCACCCGCAAGGCUUCUGUGAGCCCCAAGAGCUCCCGGAGAUCUGCAGAAACAGGGGAGGCCCCAACAGCCUGCAAACCCAGGUCAGGAGAGAGCAACAGAGCUGGCUGCCCACAGUAGUCAGAGCUGCUGCAGCUGAGAUUCCUGCCCUGGCCCCCAGCCUGGGCCCAGCAUGUGACCAGUGUGGGAAGGGGAGACCCUGGCAGUGGCCUUCUCCAUGGGGCUCCUGCCCAGCCCGCAGCGCUUGCAUUGUGUGGUGUGUGCUAAUUGUGAGUGGCUGGGCCGGGGCCGCGGGGGCUGCGAACCACAGGCCACCUCCCCAGUACCUCUCUACAGGAGCUGCUGCUGGAGCCUGUGGGGCCAUGUGCCUCUCCACGCUCGGACUCGCUUUCCUCUCUCAACUUUCCAUAGGCCUUCCUUAAGGCAGGGGCAGAGCGUCUCCCUCGGGCUUUGCAGGCACCAUGUCCUUGCCUGGCUCCCCAGCAAACUGGGAGUCCUGGACACCCUCCUGGGUCCCAGCACCUCAUGUCCCUCUCUGCGUCCCCAUAAAGUGACCAGGCCAAGCCUUGCCAGUGCUUUCAAGGAUGAGAACUCCACCAGUGCCCAAGCAGUCCCCUAUGCCCUGGCACACCCUUUUUCCUGCAGAGGGUUCCAGCAUUGCUGCAGGGCUCCUCUGCUAUGGUGUGGGGCUCUGGGGUGUUGGCUGCUUCCAGGGCAGGGUGUUUGCACUGGUACCAGCAGCUGCAUAGGGAUGGGAUUUUGCACCCUGCCCUCCCCUGAUUCCCAGGGAAGUCUCCCACCCCGUUGCUGGGUGGCUGCUGGGGGCGGCCAUGCUUAUCUGGAUGGUGGCUGGUGCUAUGGUAAGGAUGCUCUACCUCACAUGGGAUACCAGGGAGCAGGGCAAAGGGGUGGCUUCCCCUCCAUCCCAGGCUCUGCCUUGGUAGGUGGGAGUGUCUAGCCCACAGGACUCGCUCCUCCUUGCCCCCCUGCCAUACAUAGACCCUGUAUGCCCUAGCCCCACAGCACAAUCUGGUGCUCAGCAUCGCCCCUGCUUGGCACAUGCUGGACUCCAGCGACAGUUGGCAGUACCCACUCCAAAUGCUGCUACCCCUGGCUCGAGGCAGUGAUGGACAGGUAUACAGGAGCUGUCUGCUCUGUCACCCUGCAGAGCAUCCCCUUCCUCAGAGCGUUGCAGGAGGGUGCUGCAUGCCAGUGACACCACCCUACAGGGUGGGGUUCCAAGCAGUGGCUCAGUGCAGCCUGGUGGAGGGAAGGGGCUGGGCUGGGAGCAUGGCAUGCUCUGGGCUCCCGGUCCUUUGUCGAUGGGUGACUGUAAAAUACCGAUGUACAUAACGGUGGCUGUCUUGGGACUGGGUGCUCUCGAGUGCAAUAAAGUGAGAAGGACUGGCC